AUCAGUUCCCAUUUAAUCGCGACACAGAGAGCAACAUGCAGCCGUUGCUUUCCUGGGUCCAGCUCCUGGCGUUGGCACUCUGCGUAUGCCAGAUCUGCGCCCUCCAGACCAGGCCUAGGACUGAUGAUAUCGACUAUGAAUUAAGCGAGGAGAACGAGGGUUCGUUUACUCCUCAACCACUAAGGCCGCCACCGUGGCAGGAGACUCCCCAGCCUCAGGAGGCACCACAGGAAGCGCGUGUGCAAGUUCCCGGAGUGGGAGAUAUAGUCGGUAUACGCGGCUACAAGACGAUCUCGAAUAGGCCCAUCAAUGCAUUCCUUGGCGUGCGUUACGCUCAAGUGGGAGGCGGCCUGGGACGUUUCCAGCAGGCCAGGCCAGUGCCCUUCCAGGGGAGAGUGGACGCCACCACAGCCAGUCCGAAUUGCGCCCAAUUUCCGGAGUUGCAGCGACUGCAAACGGCCGAGGCACGGGGAGAGAACGUUGACGACUGCCUGACCCUCAACAUCUACGCCCCAGAGGGGGCACGCGAUCUGCCCGUCCUGGUCUUUGUGCACGGCGAGAUGCUGUUCGACGGCGGUGCCGAGGAGGCCCAGCCAGACUACGUGCUGGAGAACGAAAUUGUCCUAGUUUCGAUCAACUAUCGCCUGGCGCCCUUCGGGUUUCUCAGCGCCCUCAGUGAGCAACUGCCUGGCAACGUGGCACUCUCAGACAUCCACCUGGCGUUGGAGUGGCUGCAGCGCAACCUUCCCUACUUUGGCGGAAACUCCGGAAAAGUGACCUUAGUGGGUCAGGCCGGCGGCGCCACUCUCGUUCAUGCCCUCAGCCUCAGCGGUCGGGCAACGAACCUCUUCCAGCAGCUCAUCCUCCAGUCUGGCACGGCACUGAACCCCUACCUGAUCGACGAACGUCCUCUGGAAACUCUGGACACGUUCGCACGCCUCGCCCGCUGUCCAAAUGCCGGCCGAAGUCUGGCACCGCUCUACGACUGCCUCAGCCGUCUGCCCACCUCCCAAGUGGUCAGCGCAUUCGAGCAGCUGUUCCAACAGAACGAGGCCCGCGGCCUCAGCUUCCUGGGCGGUUUCAAGCUGGUGGUGGGCGAUCCCCUGGGCUACCUUCCCGAGCAUCCUGCCGCACUGGCGGCCAACUCGGCCAACAGCACGGUUCCCAUGAUUGUGGGAGCCGCCAAAGAUGCCAGCGCCUUUAUACUAUCACGCUUCUACGACCAGAUACAGCGCGUGCAAUCGCAGAAUGUGAGCGACUUCAUCAACGUGGUCCUGCGCCACACGGCGCCUCCAAGCCAACACCAACUGUGGCUGGAUUGGGCGCGUCGCGAGAUCUUUUCGCAGGAGCACGAUCGCACGGCCAGUGCAUACAGUGUGUCUCAGGGUCUGUUGGAAUUGAGCAACAUGAUCCUGUAUCGGGCACCCGUCAUCUACUCCAUCCGGCUCUCGCACAAAAAGAGUCCCGUCUAUUUGUACACCUUUGACUAUCGCGGCGAGUAUCAUCGGUUCGGCCACUUGGACAAUCCGCUACCCUUUGGUGUGGACGCUUCCCUGAGCGACGAUAGCGUGUAUCUGUUUCCGUACCCGCCGGAGGCCAGCCGCCUGAAUCCGGUGGACAAGUCGCUGUCUCGCGCACUGGUUACCAUGUGGGUGAACUUUGCCGUUACGGGCAUACCCAACCAAAAUCCUGGUGUCUGGCCCAAGGCCACUUCCGAGUACGGUCCUUUCCUGCGCUUCACCAACUCGAGGCAGAACAUGCUGGAGCUGGACCCACAUUUCGGUGACGGACUUUACGCUCCGAAUCUCUAUGGGUCGUACUUCAAUACAACCAAUAGCACAACAACAGCUACAACGACGACCACAACAACGACGACCAGACGUCCGUAUGUCUACAACCCGUAUCCUAGCUGGCAGCAAAGCCCCUAUGGGUACAACACAACAACCACAACUUUGACGACGACGACGACUACCAGGCGUCCAACGUAUGCGUACAAUCCUUAUGCUAAUUGGCAGCAAAACCGACAGCCCCAACCGCCUCAGGCCUUUCCAAGGAGGCCAACGGAUCCUGCAUACGAAAGAGCUCAGGAAAUCAGGCGGCAACAGGUGAUCCGGGAGCAGCAAGAGCGAGAGCAGAGGUUGCGUGAACAGCGCGAAAGAGAGCAGCAACAGCAAGAGAAUCAGCGUCGCGAAGAGGAGGAACGAGAGAAGCAGCGUCUGCAAGAGCAGCGAGAGCAGGAAGCCCAGCGAGAAUUGGAAAAGCGCUACCAGAUGCAGAGAGAGAAACUCCAGCGAGAACAGCUGCAGCGAGAGCAGCAAGAAAGGGAACAGCGUGAACAGGAGGCAAGGGAUGAAUGGGAGCGAAACCGAGAGCCAGCGCAAGUAAAUCCGGAGGAGCAAUUAGAGCAGCGUGAGCGGGAGCAGCGUGAGUGGGAGCAGCGUGAACGGGAGCAGCGUGAGCGGGAGCAGCGUGAGCGGGAGCAGCCAUUCCAGCCAGCGGAACAAGACGAGCGCGAACUGGACGAUAGGGAGCAACAAGAAAGAGAAGAACAGCAGCGACAGCAAAUACUGGAAGAACAACGUCGUUACUACGAGGAGCGUCAGCGAGAACUGCAACAGCUAGAGCAGGAACAGCGAGAGCAACAAGCCAGAGAGCAGCAGGAGCUGCAAGAGCAGCAGCAGCGCGAACAAGAGCAACGAGAGCAGGAAGAGAGGGAGCAACAGGAGCGAGAACAGCAGCAGCGAGAGCAAAUGGAGGGUGGACAUCAGCCUUACGAGCCAAAUCAGCCGGAGGAAGAUCAAGAAAGCUCUCGCAGGCCCUAUCCAAGCUACGAGGACUACUUGCGAAGAGACGAUGAAGAAGAACCAGCCAACUUUGAACCCGAUAGCGAACAAAGCUCAAACCGAAACUAUUCCGAGGAGCAAGAACGAGAGCAACAGCAACGUGAGCAACUGUAUCGUGAACAACAGGAGCGGGAGCGGCAGUCCCACAACCCAACUGAUGAUGAGGAAGAUCAGCAGGACCGUCGGCAACCUUACCAAACCUACGAGGAGUAUUUGAGAGCCAAUGCAGAAGCUGAAGCGGCAGUGGCAGCAGCAGCAGCAGCAGCUCAGGAGCAGACUGAUCCCGAGAAUGAUCCCAGCGCUUACGAAAACUACGAAGAUUACAUUAGGGCGCAGGAGAAACGUCAGGAGGCAGAGGAGCGAGAUCGGGCUGUUCAGGAGGGCUGGGAGGACUCUCGCCCAGAAUACCCAGGUUACCGACAGUUUGUUAGCAAUCAUCACAACUUGCCGCAGAACGCUAAGCAGCUGCGCAGACAGCAGCGACCCAAGCUGUAGAGCGGUAUUCAAUCAUAUUCCAUAGAAACCUGAGUACUAUUCUAAAGAGUUCUUUAUUAAAUAUUAUAUAUAUCAUAUGAG